CUGACUUUCCAGAGGGCUGACGUAGGUGCCCCAUCACUGAGGAAGAGCCGAGCCAGAGGGCAGUCGGAGGAUCGGGGUGGGAUGCGGGGUCUCUGAUUCUCCAAACCUUCCAUGAGAUUCCGGGCCACCAUUUGAAGCGCUGGGCUUCAAGGGCUCCUCGACUUCCGGCUCGCUGACCUAGAGACCAUGGAGUCUAACCUGCAGGGGACUUUCCUCCUGAACAACACACAGCUGGCCCAGUUCUCAGAAAUGAAGGCUCCCAUGUGCCAGUACUCGGUGCAGAACUCCUUCUACAAGCUCAGCCCUCCGGGACUUGGCCCCCAGCUGGCGGCUGGGACUCCCCAUGGAAUCACUGACAUCCUGAGCAGACCGGUUGCCACUCCGAACAGCAGCCUCCUCUCUGGCUACCCCCACGUGGCAGGCUUUGGUGGACUCAGCUCCCAGGGCGUCUACUAUGGCCCCCAGGUGGGGAGUUUUUCCAAGGCUGGGAAUGAGUACCCCACCCGGACCCGGAACUGCUGGGCAGACACAGGCCAGGACUGGAGAGGCAGCGCUCGGCCAUGCAGCAACACCCCAGACCCUCUGAGUGACACUAUCCACAAGAAAAAGCACACCCGCCCUACCUUCACAGGACACCAGAUCUUUGCUCUGGAGAAAACCUUUGAGCAGACCAAGUACUUGGCUGGACCAGAGCGGGCGAGGCUGGCUUAUUCACUGGGCAUGACGGAGUCACAGGUCAAGGUGUGGUUCCAGAACCGCAGGACCAAGUGGAGGAAGAAGAGCGCCCUGGAGCCCUCGUCCUCCACGCCCCGGGCCCCGGGCGGUGCGAGCGGGGACCGCGCGGCCUCGGAGAACGAGGACGAUGAGUACAACAAACCGCUGGACCCAGACUCGGACGACGAGAAGAUCCGCCUGCUGCUGCGCAAGCACCGGGCCGCCUUCUCCGUGCUCAGCCUGGGCGCGCACAGCGUGUGACCCCGGGCCAGACGCGCGGACCAGCCUUCCCCUCCCCUUUCCGUGCAGCCCGCUGUGGGCAGGGACCAGAAGAGAGGAGUUCGGGGGGAGGGGGAGGAAAAGAGGAAAGAAAAUAGGAAGAGGAGGAGGAGGAAGCAAGAGGGAAGGAAGGGAAGGAGGAGAGGGAUGGUGAGUGGCCGGAGGGAGGAGAUGGCGCACCUCUCUGCCAUUCCCCCCCCUCUGGGCCCCUUACCCAAUCAGCCCUGCUCUGAAGUGGGCAGGCUAUUUUGCAGCAAGGAACCUGGCUGUGGAGCUCU